AUGUUCCCGAUGGAAGAAGUUCUCGACCUCCUCGAUGAGAGACUCGCCAAGACCGGCAGACGCAUCUGGAUUUCGUACAUCCUCAUCAAAGGCCGCAACGACACAGAUGACCAUGCGCGCGCACUCGCCGCGCUGCUACGCGCGAGACGCCUACCCACUCGGCACCUCUAUCACGUCAAUGUCAUCCCCUACAACAAAGCCCAAGGAGUGGAGCCCAGCAUGCAGUCGCCGUCCGCUGCAGAAGUGAAUCAUUUUACGGAUCUGCUGCGGAAGUUGAAUUUGUCAGUCUCUCGCAGGCACACUAUUGGAUCCGCGAUAGACGCUGCAUGCGGACAGAUGCAUGCAGAGUACGAAGUCGGGCAGUUGACGAAGCAAAGACAGGCGCGAGAGCUCGAGCGAAGAAAAGCGAGUUUCCAAUGA